AUGGCCAAGUGCCUUCUCAAUCACUCCACAUUUCUCCACCGUGCUGCUGCCCCUGUGAGUGGGGUUGCUACAUCCAUGGAGGUCCUCUCGUUCCGGGCCACUGCCCGCCACAAGGCCAGCGUUCGCCAUUUUUCGUCCAAAUCAUGGAGACAAUAUCACAAAGACAACAAUCAUGAAGGAAAUACAAGGGGAGGGUUUGGAUCGAGACUGCGUUUUGCGCUGCGGAACACCAAGGUCGAAUGGUACCCGAUCCCCGUCGGUCUCGGAAUCGGUCUACUAGGGGUCCUACACUUUUACAAGUCCCAGCGUGCUGAACGUGACCGAGAUGCACAGAGUGAUGCAGGUGAUGACUGGGAGAAUGGAAAACGCCCACCACGACGCCCGCGAGUUGUGCCGACUGGUCCCUGGCAGGUCCAGGUCAUGUCGACUCUGCCCCUGAAGGCCAUCUCGCGUUUAUGGGGUCGGUUCAACGAGAUUGAAUUGCCAUACUACUUCCGUGUCCCUGGAUUCAAACUCUACUCAUGGAUCUUUGGUGUUAAUCUCAGUGAGGUCGCUGAACCCGACCUUCAUGUCUAUCCCAACCUCGCCGCCUUCUUUUAUCGCAAGUUGAAACCCGGUGUCCGACCCCUCGAUCCCGACCCACGUGCACUUGUAUCCCCCUCCGAUGGACGUAUCCUGCAGUUUGGUAUGAUUGAGCGGGGUGAGGUGGAACAAGUCAAGGGCAUGACCUACAGUCUGGAUGCGCUUUUGGGUGCAGCUACGCCGGUAACUGCCGACCACAGCAACCGCAUGUCCGAUCCAGCGAUCAAGGACACCCACAAGGAUGUCGAGAACAUGAAGGCCGAUCAGGAGUUUGCCAGCGUGAACGGUAUCUCCUACACUUUGCCCUCGCUCCUGUCUGGUGAAUCGGGCGUUCCCGCGAAGAGACGGGCAUCAAUUGAUGCAUCCACCCCCUCGAAAACGACGUCCGAGGUUCAAGUCCAGGAGGAGUUGGCCCGUGGAGAAGGAACUUCAUGGUUCGCGCCCAAGGCCGCCGUCAACCACGCAUUGUUCUACGUUGUGAUCUACUUAGCACCUGGUGACUAUCACCGUUUCCACUCGCCUACCGAAUGGGUUGUAGAGAGCCGCCGCCACUUUGCGGGUGAACUCUACUCGGUCUCGCCCUAUCUGCAGCGAACCCUGCCCGGUCUGUUCACCUUGAACGAGCGUGUGGCGCUACUGGGUCGCUGGCGAUGGGGUUUCUUCAGUUACACGCCGGUCGGCGCGACCAAUGUGGGCUCGAUCAAAAUCAACUUUGACUCGGAACUGCGCACCAACAGCUUGCUGACUGACACUGCGGCGGACUUGGCUGCAGCUCGGGCGGCGGAGCGGGGUGAAACUGACCCCGGAUUCGUCGAGGCUACCUAUGCUCAUGCUAGUCGCACACUAGGCGGACACCCGCUGCGGCGCGGUGAGGAGAUGGGUGGGUUCCAGCUGGGUAGCACAGUAGUGCUGGUAUUCGAGGCUCCUCUCGGCAGUCGAAAAUCGUUUGAUGCUGGCUGGCCGGACAAAGAGCGACCUGAUGGCUGGAACUGGGCCAUUGAGAAGGGCCAGCGGAUCAAGAUGGGUGAGAAGCUGGGCUUUGUUGGGGAAGACUGA